UCCAAAACACACAACAAAACAAACACGUCAUCUCAUCAACUAUAUAUUACAUAUAUCAAUAUACACACACUACAGUAACACAUAUUAUAUAAUAUAGUUUGGCACUGAAAACCCUUUUGAGAAAUACAGAGGAAGAAUAUGGGUUGGAAAGGAGUUCUGGGUUUUGAUUAUGGAAUAGUUCAAGCACCAUUGGGACCUGAUAUUUCUGGUCCUGAGCUAGUUGCUGCUGUUGCUAAUGCUGGUGGACUUGGUUUCCUUAGAGCUCCUGACUGGGAAGACCCAGAUUACUUGAGGGAACUAAUAAGAAAGACUCGAACUUUAACUGACAAACCAUUUGGAGUUGGUGUUGUUCUGGCUUUUCCUCACGAAGAGAAUAUUAAAGCAAUUUUGGAGGAAAAAGUAGCAGUUUUGCAGGUUUACUGGGGUGAAUGUUCAGAGGAACUUGUACUUAAAGCACACAGGGCAGGGGUGAAGAUUGUUCCUCAAAUUGGGAGGCUUGAGGAAGCAAACAAAGUAAUAAAUUUGGGUGUGGAUGCAAUUAUUGUUCAAGGACGUGAAGCUGGUGGACAUGUCAUCGGUCAGGAUGCUCUUUUCCCAUUGUUGCCAAGGGUAGUUGAUCUUGUCGGAGACAAAGAGAUCCCUGUUAUUGCUGCUGGAGGCAUUGUCGAUGCUCGCGGUUAUGUUGCUGCUUUGGCCCUUGGAGCUCUGGGCGUCUGUUUAGGCACAAGAUUUCUUGCAACUGAAGAAAGUAAUGCUCAUCCCAUUUACAAGAAGAAGUUGAUCGAAUUCGAUAGGACUGAGUAUACUGAUAUAUUUGGGAGGGCAAGGUGGCCUAAUGCUCCGCAACGUGUUCUUGAAACACCUUUCUUCAAUGAAUGGAAAUCUAUUCUUCCUCGUGAAAAUGAAGCAAACCAACCUGUUAUAGGUAGAUCAAUAAUACAUGGCAAGGAGAGAGAGAUUCGCCGACUUGCAGGUACUGUUCCAAAUUUGACAGCAACUGGUGACAUAGAAAGCAUGGCCAUGUAUGCUGGCCAAGGUGUAGGUCUUAUUAAGGAGAUUUUACCAGCUGGUGAAGUUGUUAAGAGAAUAGUUGAAGAUGCCAAGGUUUUGAUCAAGCACAAUUUCAGUGAGAUAUAAAUUUGUGUAACAAAAAAGUUUCCCAAAUGAGGGUACUAAUGAUGAUAAGCAUAGGUUGUCUUAAUAAAAAAUUGCUGCAACUGAAUAAAGCUGAUUUUAGAAAA